CUCCACCCACCUGCAGAUAAAAGCCAAACCCUCACCGGGGCUGCUGUUCAGCUUCUGUCCCAAACUCCUCAGAGCUUUGUGAUACUUCCACCCUGCAGCAGCAGCAGCAGCACACAAAGGCCUCAGGUUCAGGCUCUUGUGGCUCCUGCCUGCAGGAUCUCCAAGUACAGUUUGAGCUCACAUGGUCGCCCAGGAGAAUCACUGUGUUUUUCUUAUAAAGGGCCAGCAGGAUUGUAGCUAACAGCUGGCUGGAAUCCUGUGCAUGGCCCCUGUCCCACUCAUGCCUUGGACAAAGCCCAGAGAAGCGACCUAAAGUGAAGGGAAGAAGAGGAGAAACCAGACGAAGGAGGCACAGGCCCAAGAGGGGGCGACGACCUUCAGUUUUAGAGGAGGAGAACUCUGGGAAAAAAUGGUGGCUGUCGCCGUCCAUUCUUCACACAUCUUCAUCACAGUGUUCCAGCUGUGUUUAUUACGCCUGGCCCACAGUGGGGCGUACUAUGGACAUAAGCAGCCGCCUCAGCAGCACCAGCCCCUGCCACAGUACAAUGAUGGGUAUCCUCAGCAGCAGUUUUUGGGGAACGAGAUGCCACUUAUGCCAGUGCUGCCUCAGUAUGGAAAAGAGCUUCCUCAGUUGCCUUUGCAAAUGGGCAAAGAGAGGCCACUGACUGAGGGCAAAGGACAAACAUUCCCCAGAGGGGCUAAAGGCCCACCUCCCCCUGGUCCUGGUGGAGAAGUUCUCAGAGAAGGACCACGAGGAAUUCAGGGCCCCCCUGGACCAUCAGGACCACCAGGACCACAAGGCCCCCCUGGACUACCUGGCCAAGGAUUGCCAGGGUUACCAGGAAAGCCAGGGCCUCCAGGUCCUCAAGGUUACCCAGGAAUUGGAAAACCUGGCAUGCCAGGAUUGCCAGGAAAACCUGGAGGACCUGGAUUACCAGGACCAAAAGGUGACCUUGGUCCUAAUGGUGGUGAAGGACCAACUGGACUUCCUGGGCCUGCAGGGCUCCCAGGUCCUCCUGGACUCCCCGGGAUUUCAAAACCAGGUGGCCAGGGGCUGCCAGGACAACCAGGUCCUUUCGGGGAGCCUGGCCAAAAAGGUCUACCUGGGCUGCCAGGUCCUCCAGGUCCUAAGGGAGAAAAAGGACUUGGUCUACCUGGUUUGACAGGUUUGAAAGGACCUAACGGACCACCGGGUCCACCUGGACAUGUGGGCAUCCCUGGCAUUGGUAAGCCUGGCCUCAAUGGCCUCCCUGGACAACCAGGAAUACCAGGAAAGCCUGGUCCUCCUGGAGAACCGGGGCUGGCAGGGCCAGCAGGUGAAAGAGGUCAACCAGGACCACCGGGCUUGCCAGGAAUUGGGAAACCAGGAAAAGAUGGUUUUAGGGGACAACCAGGGCUAUUGGGAGGGAAAGGGGAACCAGGCCCCCCUGGUUUACCAGGGGGUCCAGGAUUGCCAGGCUAUGGUAAACCAGGGUUUCCAGGACCUAAGGGUCACAAGGGACAUGCUGGUCUUCCUGGGCCUCCAGGCCCUAAAGGUGAUAAAGGUCAUGGUGGUGUUCCAGGGGUCAUUGGUCUCACUGGACCUAGUGGUAUGCCUGGCCCACCUGGUCCAAUAGGGCCUCCUGGUAGUCUUGGCUUCCCAGGGCAAAAGGGAGAGUAUGGUGCUGCAGGACCAAGAGGUAACCCAGGAAUUAAAGGUGAAUUAGGGCCUCCAGGUCUUCCAGGACAGCCAGGUAGGUCAGGAGAGGGUGGACAACCAGGGCCACGAGGUUUACAAGGGCCCUCUGGCCCUAAAGGAGAAGCUGGUGUUAGGGGUUUACCUGGUGCCCCUGGUGUUGCAGGAUUGCCAGGAUCAAGAGGAGAGGCAGGACAACCUGGAGAGACAGGUCACCAGGGACCACAGGGAAUUCCAGGGCUUACAGGACCAGGAGGACCAAUUGGACCUCCUGGGCUGCCAGGUCCAAAAGGCGAAACAGGUCUGCCUGGUAAACCAGGCUAUCCGGGUGACGGAAAGCCAGGGCCCCCUGGUCAGAUUGGUCUUCAGGGUAACCCCGGCCCCAGUGGCCCCCCUGGACUUCCAGGGCAGCCUGGGCAACCUGGACCUCCUGGCCCUCCAGGACCACCUGCUCAACCUCCUGACAUUGGACAGAUCCUCCCUGUGAGCGGCCCGUACAAUGGCCAAAAACAGGGCUACAAGAAGCCAAAGAACGGAGGAGAGAUUGGUGGAAGUGGCCUGGAGAUGCCAGCAUUCACAGCUAAGCUCACAAAUCCAUUCCCUCCUGUUGGCUCUCCAGUAAUCUUUGACAAACUCCUGCACAAUGGCAAUCAAGACUACAAUCCCCAAACUGGUAUUUUCACCUGUAGCAUACCUGGGAUUUACUACUUUGCUUACCACGUUCACUGCAAAGGAGGCAAUGUGUGGGUGGCACUGAUGAAGAACAAUGAGCCAGUAAUGUACACUUAUGACGAGUACAAAAAGGGCUUGCUGGAUCAGGCUUCAGGGAGUGCUGUGCUCCCGUUACGACAAAGAGACACUGUGCAUGUACAGCUGCCAUCGGACCAGGCUGCAGGACUUUACGCUGGUCAAUAUGUCCACUCAACAUUUUCUGGAUACCUAUUGUACCCAUUGUAAGAAAUGUGUAUAAAAAAGGCAAUAGUAAUGACAUGUUGAUGGUAAAUGUUACCAUAUUGAUAAGAAAACUACUUCAGGCUCAAAGGUACAAUGUAGGUCAAGUUACAUAGUUUACAAUGAGUGGUGAAUAAUCAUCUUUAUAGCAGCAGCAUACUUCAUUGAAUUAUUCUUUACACUAUAUGCAUCACAUCUGCAUUUACAUACUUUAUUGGAGUCUCAGAAAGAGCAGUUAUGAAAUAACGAACACAGCAUGUAUAUAAACAUUGUAAUAUAGGGCUACACCAACCAUCUGUAUGUUGGCUGUUGGCUGGAGAGCAGAGGUCAAAUAUCUCAGUCUACCAAAUAUCUCAGUUGUCAUAAUUUUGUAUGUUUACAUUGUGCAUUUAUUCUUAAUAUCAGUCCACAAGAUAUCAGCGUUUAUGACUUGGCUGGAAUAAUUCCUGGAACAGUGAGCUUUUCUGUUGCAGAAUAGUAUUCACUUUUUGCUCAAUUUUUGCUUUACAGUUACAAACUGUACACUGGGCACAUAUGAUCGUAUUGGUUUCUUUGUACAAUGCAUUUACUCACAGUUAUCGUAACAUUCUGUUAGGUUAUACAGUUAUUAACUUAUUGUUGGUCUUUUUUGUUAUUUGGAAUAUGCAGCUUUUUAUGCAACAAAAUCUUUGUUCUCAAAAUAUUUUUGGACAAAUGAGAACAGAACAGAAAAAAAAAAAAACUUUGCAGAUUAGCUCCACAAUUUGGCAGGUGAUCUUUUCAUAUCAUAGAUUUGUUUUGUUAGUACUUAAUAUGAAUUUUUCUUUGAAGGGUGUUUGUCAGAUUGUCAGUAUUCUCUGUAAUUUAUUUGUUUGACUACUGAUUAUUGGGAUUGUCCUGUUUUGUGUUAAACAGUAAAUGAGGGAAUUCAUUCCAAAAUGCAGAACACAACAAAUGUGGCUGUGGCUAAAAAUAAAAAAAAAACACAAAUAUUCAACAAUGCUCAUACUCAUUUGAAUCUGUAUGUGUCAUUAUGUAACAGAUUUUGUUGUUAGUUAUGGUGUUCAAACUGUGGAUGUGCCAUUUUGGAAUGAAAUUCUUUUUGUACUUUUCACCUCCUGUUUUUUAUUUUUUUUUUUGUUAUUUGUUUUUUUUUUUGUUUGUUUUGUUUUUUUACAUUGGACAAAGUUGCACAGCAUAAGCAAAUAAAAAAACUGUGCCUAAAUAUGUGAAUGUGGUCUGUGUUGCUUUGA